UUUUAUAUUUUAAAAAUAAACCCAACCUCUACUGCACACAUAAGUUACAUUACUGAGACACUGAGGGUCUAAUUGUUCUCGGUAAAUAUUUCCACGGAGCAUGGAACGAUUAAAAAAUAUAUCCAUGUAAUACCAAACACUAAGGUGACCACCUAUCCCUAAUAUGGACCACAUCACCGCCUGUCAUUUGGCUCCUGCCAUUUCAAUUACCAUUAGGGGACGCAUCUGAGUGGAAGAGACCGCCCCGGUAUCCGCUGCUGCAUCCAACACACUCUCACACUUGACUUCAUUCACACACACUUUUCCCACCGGGAUGGAGCUGCCAGCGCGCACAGCCAACGUCGUUCACUUGCGCUCACACAUGGCUGCAAAUAUAUGGCGAUUGUUUUACACUUGUAUCUGGAUUACGACACUGGUUGCGGGUUCGAGGACACGGAUUUAUCCACCGAAUGAAGUGACCCUGCUGGACACCAGGACAGUGCCAGGAGAGCUGAAAUGGGCAGCCAGUCCUUCAGAGGGAGGGUGGGAAGAGGUGAGCAUUAUGGACGAGAAGAACAUCCCCAUCAGAACAUACCAGGUGUGUAACGUCCUGGAACCCAAUCAAAACAACUGGCUCAGGACCGACUGGAUCCCACGGUCUGGGGCUCAGCGGGUUUACGUGGAGGUCAAGUUCACACUCAGGGACUGUAACAGUCUACCAGGCGUCACCGGCAACUGCAAGGAGACAUUUAACCUGUACUACCACGAGUCAAAUGACGACAGGGAGAGCUACAUCAAAGAGAGCAGCUUCAUUAAGGUGGACACAGUGGCAGCAGACGAGAGCUUCACCCAGGUGGAUGUCGGCGACCGCAUCAUGAAGCUGAAUACGGAGGUGCGAGACGUAAAGGUCACGACACGGAAGGGCUUCUACCUGGCCUUUCAGGACGUCGGUGCCUGCAUCGCUUUAGUCUCCGUCAGGGUUUUUUACAAAACCUGUCCCCUCACCAUCCGUAACCUGGCUACGUUUCCUGACACUGUCACUGGGGCUGAUACAUCGUCCUUGGUGGAGGUCAGGGGGUCCUGUGUCAACCAAUCAGAGGAGAAAGAAGAACCGAAGAUGUACUGCGGUGCUGACGGAGGGUGGUUAGUGCCGAUCGGUGGAUGUCUCUGCAGUCCUGGAUAUGAAGAGAAGGGGGAAACAUGUAAAGCCUGUCCUCCUGGUUUCUACAAGGCCAGGUCCUCGGACCCUGAGUGCUUUAAGUGUCCCCCGCACAGCCACUCGCUCAGAGAAGGGGCAACGGUCUGUGACUGCAACACCGGAUUCUACCGUGCCAGCAGUGACCCUCCGUCCAUGUCCUGCACCCAGCCACCCUCGGCCCCACAGCAACUCAUCUCAGUCGUGAAUGAAACCUCAGUGGUCUUGGAGUGGGCCCCCCCUCGACGGCUGGGGGGGAGAAGUGACACUAGCUAUAGCCUGGAGUGUCUCAUCUGUCAGACAGCGAGCCACAGUCAGACCGGCGGUAGAGUCCUCCCCAGGAACCGCAGCAUCACUCAGCCUGAAGUUCGGCACAAUGGUUUGGGGAUGCAGUCGGACCAAGGGAUUGUAACGUCGGAAAUCCAGCCCGGGAGAGGGGUCUUCCAGAGUAGACCAGUGCCGGGAGAGUACUCAGGACUUGGCUCUGGCUCGAGGUCUCAGACCUGCCUGCCCUGUGGCCCAGAUGUGUUUUUCUCUCCCGGUCAGACUGGCCUGAAGUCCACCAGGGUGGUGGUGAGUGAGCUGAGGGCCCACACUCACUACACCUUCAUUGUCCAUUCACGCAACGGGGUCUCCCAGGCCAGCGGUGCAGGGGCAGCCCAGAGUGCAUCUGUCACUGUUACCACCAACCAAGCAGCGCCCUCUCCUGUAUCAUCCAUCCAAGUCACAGAAGUCACCAGACACAGUAUGGUGUUGUCAUGGCAACAGCCAGACAGACCUAACGGGGUCAUCUUGGAGUACGAGGUCAAGUUCUACCAAAAGGAACAGAGAGAGCGCUCCUACCGCAUAAUGAGGACCUUCUCUCGCAGCGUGGAUGUCACAGGUCUCAACCCUCUCACCGUGUACGUGUUUCAUGUGCGCGCUCGCACGGCUGCCGGAUACGGAGAGUUUAGCGUUCCGUUUGAGUUCUCCACCAAUUCAGAUCCCUUCCCUCUGAUUGGAGAAGGAGUCAACUCUGCCUUCCUUCUGCUGUCUGUCAGCGGGGUUGGAGUUCUACUGCUUAUAUCUGCAGCUGUCUUCAUCAUUAGUCGUCGGAGGAGCAAGUACAGUAAAACAAAGCAGGACUCUGAGGAGGAGAAACACCUCAACCCAGGGGUCAAAAUCUACGUGGAUCCCUUCACUUACGAAGACCCCGAUCAGGCCAUCCAUGACUUUGCCAAGGAAAUUGACGCUAGCAGUAUUCACAUCGAGAGAGUUAUUGGCAUGGGAGAGUUUGGGGAGGUGUGCAGCGGCCGACUGCGUGUCCACGGGAAGAGGGAGAUCUACGUGGCCAUCAAGAGUCUGAAGGCGGGUUAUUCUGACAAACAGAGGCGGGACUUCCUGUCCGAGGCCUCCAUCAUGGGACAGUUCGAUCAUCCCAACAUCAUCAGGCUGGAGGGCGUGGUCACCAGAUGUAAACCACUGAUGAUCGUCACAGAGUACAUGGAAAAUGGAUCUCUGGAUGCUUUUCUUCGCAAACACGACGGCCAGUUCACCGUGAUCCAGCUGGUGGGCAUGCUGCGUGGCAUCGCCUCAGGGAUGAAGUAUCUGUCAGACAUGAGCUACGUUCACAGGGAUCUGGCAGCUCGCAACAUCCUGGUCAACAGCAACCUUGUGUGUAAGGUGUCGGACUUUGGCCUGAGUCGGGUUCUGGAGGACGACCCUGAAGCCGCCUACACCACCAGGGAGGCCACGGGGACUUACCUGUCGCCUGGAGGGAAGAUCCCCAUCAGAUGGACGGCCCCAGAGGCCAUCGCGUACAGGAAGUUCACCACAGCCAGUGACGUGUGGAGCUACGGAAUCGUCAUGUGGGAGGUGGUUUCAUAUGGAGAGAGACCCUACUGGGAUAUGAACAAUCAGGAUGUGAUCAAAGCGAUAGAUGAAGGCUACCGUCUUCCUGCUCCCAUGGACUGUCCUGUGGUGCUGCACCAGCUCAUGCUGGACUGCUGGGAAAGAGAGCGAGCGGAGAGACCGACCUUCAGUCAGAUUCUCAACAUGCUGGAUAAACUCAUCAGAAACCCUGGGACCCUGCGUCGGACAGGAGGGGAAAGACCUACGUCCACCAUGAUGGAGUCAGGGAUAAGUUCAGAGGUGUGCGUGUCCGUCGUGCCUGAGGUGUGUGUGCCGCAGUGGUCGGUGUGCGUGUGGCUGCAGUCCGUCGGCAUGGAGCGAUACACGGAGACGCUGGCGGCGGCAGGAUACACCAGCCCCGACAGCCUCCUGACUCUCACACACCAGGAGAUGGACAGACUGGGAAUCAUAACACCGACACACCAGGACCUGAUAAUUGCUAGUGCGCAACAAGAAAUGCUGUGUCACAUGCAACACAUGCAGCACACGAUGGUUCCCGUCUGAACUGCAGGACGGAUCAAAACAAACCUUUGAGAAGAAUUUCAUUUACCUCAUUCAUGCACUUUAGUGAGACUGAACGGAACGCAGGAGGACGAGGGCAGGAUUUAACUGAGACGAGGAGGAGGAGGAGGAGGAAGGAGGAAAAGAAAGGCAGCACUUUUGUGAACUUCCCUACAGUGGAAUUACCUUUCAACUAUAAAUGAAAAUCAUGAUGUGGACGUGAACACUUCAAGAGUUUGGAGCUACUGAAGACUCAUCCCUUAGCCAGCUCUGUUUUUUUCAUGACUUUAUUAUCUGUUCUGUGAAGGCUGUUUGGUCGUGGUACGCAUAAGCAGAAUGGCUUCAGACCUUUUCAUUUUGCUGCUUUGGGCUUGACUUGAACAAAUGUUUCGACUGUUUGCUUGUAUGGUUGCCUGAGAGAGAGUGUGUGUGUGUGUAUGUGUGUGUGUGUUUUGUGUAUCUGAUGUGAUUCGACGCAACAUGGUAACUCCCUUGUCAAGGUGCCAGCUGUCUUAGUGUAUUCUGAAUAUGCAAAGUGAUCAGAGAGAGUGGGAGGAGCCAGAGAAUGUACCAGAACGAGCUCUUAAUAGUUCCAUACUGGAGGCUAAAACUAACAAACGCAGAUUCACUUCUGUGUUGGGUUUGUUUUUUAUUAUUAUUAUAAUUUUUCUUUAUUUUUCCGAGUUCUUAUUUCUGUUGUGUAGACACCUAGACUAGCACGUCGUCAUCCGUGUCCUCGUUUAUGGCUCUCGUUCCGUGCUAAGAGUUAGCUACAUGAAGCAUUUUCUUUAUUUAUGGAUUCUUUUUUUUAACUAGCUUGUAAAUUGUAAAAUAGAAACACUGAGACAAUACUGUAAUGAUUGCCAUAUUGCAUUGCAAUAAAUGCCAAAACUCA